GCUCCUCCUCCUCCUCUUCCGCGGGUAAGGAGCGGCGUGGCCUGCAAGCGGCUCAACGGCAUGGGGGACGCUCUGGAGGAGCCGUGGUGGGAACCCGCGGUGGAAACGCGCGGAGAGAGCGGCGGCAGCCCAGAUAUUUCUGAUGAUGAAUCCUUGGAAGAAGCCACUGGUCCAAGUAGAGCAAUGAAGCCGCCUGCCAAGACCAAGCCAGCUUCUUCAAAGAGAAAGGAAAAGCAUGGAGAAUGUGUUCCUGGUACAGAAGAAGAGCAAUUUAAAGUUAAAAAAGAAGGUGAAGAGAAGCCAAAGAGGAGAAGAAAGAAGAAAAUUUCUGAUAUUCUUGCAAAGUCAGCUCCAAAGCCUGGAACCCCCGAAGAUGUAAAAAAACUGCUUAAUGAACACUUUGGUGCUAAACGUUCCAUGAUUGAAUUAGAAGAAUUAAAGCUACCAGAUGCCUGUUUCCUCCCUCCCAAUGACCUCACCCACAGUUUUUCUUCCUACCUGAAAGAAAUCUGCCCCAAAUGGGUGAAGCUCCGUAAAAACCACAAGGAGAAGAAGUCCGUGGUGAUGCUGAUAAUUAGCAGUUCUGCCCUCCGUUGUCUAGAACUCAUCAAGUCAAUAACAGCAUUCAAAGGGGAUGGCAAAGUUAUGAAAUUGUUUGCAAAGCACAUAAAGAUCCAAGAACAGGCGAAGAUGCUGGAGAAAGGUGUCAUCCAUGUGGGUAUUGGGACACCUGGAAGGAUAAAAGCACUCAUAGAGCAAGACUGCCUUAGUCUGUCAUGCUUGAAGUACGUCAUCUUAGACUGGAACUGGAGGGAUCAGAAGCUAAGAAGAUUAGUUGAUAUCCCUGAGAUAAGAAAAGAAUCCAUUGACCUUCUGGAGAUGGGACUGAUCAAGCUAUGCAGAGAAGGCUCUGUGAAACUCGGACUCUUUUAGACGGAGCUUCCGGGACUGGAUGCCUCUCAUCCACCAAACUCACAUUUCCACCGGCUAAGUGGAGGCUUUUUGGUUUUGGAAUUUAGUGCUGGAUCCUUUUCUCGUGUGUAAUUAUUUUAUACAGAAGGAGGCAGGUUGGCUUACCCAAGGAAGCAAAGGCAUGAACUCCCUCUGAUACUAUUGCUUGGAGCUGUGUACCCUCUUGUGCUCCACUGCCACAACAGAGUGUAGGAUGGGGCUGUGGGGAGACAGCGGCACUGCCUGAAACCGAGUCUAGGAACCAAUGGUCUGACUUCAGUCACUCAGCAGUGUAUGUUAUUUAAAUAGAUAUGCCAUAGGUUUUGGCACCAAAGUAUUCCCUAAACAUCUUACAUCAUACAACUGCAAUAAGAACUACAUCAUGUAAUGCUGUCGGGCUUUUCUGGAUUGCCUAGGUUCUGUUGUCUUUGAUAAACUCUAUUUUUUAAAAAACUUAAUUACAUUCUCAUCCCUACCAUUCUGGAAUUGCUGAAUGUUUCUAGCACCACUCUGUGCUCUGUCUGCCACUUUCAACACCAGUGUGUGGUUUUCACUUGUGCUUAUUCGUUUCAUUUAUUAUGGUCCUAAGACCAGCAUACAAAUUAAUCAAGCAAGGAUACAAUCCAGUGUGUGGUUAGCUUUGGAUAGGAUUACUAUCUUUUUAAAAAUUUCAUCUUGCAAGGUUUUUUAAAAAAAUUGAAGUCUCCAAACUUGUACAAGAAUAACUGAUAGCAAGCUGACUAAAUCACAACCUGUUCAGCAUCAGCUGGUCUUAAACCAGGCACAUUUAAACUUCUUCCAAGCCAUUUUACUGGGUGCCUCUCUUUAUGGGCUCAAAUGAAUUCCAAAAGACAUGAAACAAAAAGGGAAAAUGUAAGGCUGUCAGUAACAGCUUUUAGUAUUAAGCACUUCCUGUAGUCCUCGUGUUUAUAUAAUAUUACCAUAGCUGGCUUACCACAGCUCCAAACAUUUUCCCUGUCUUUUUUCAGGCAUGAUCUUGGGUAGAUUCUGGAGUGAUAAAAUCUGUAUGCAGAGGGCUGUUUGCAUGUGUUUGAUAAAGACUUUUCUGUGCUUUAUCCUUUUUUCUAUUCAGAAUUUGAGUAGAUAAAGUUUUCUCAUAAAUAUUAGGGAUCUAACUCCAGAGAUUUGCCUGAUGCAUAAGCAUGAAGUUAUUUUUUGUAUUUAUUUAUGAAAACAUUUAUAUUCCACCUUUUGCAGUGGUUCAAGGCAGCUUACUAUACAUAAUUAAAACUUCAAACAACAAUAAAGCCCCAGAUUUCCCCCCAGCCUAAUAAAAUGCCUGCCACUUACACUCCAUCAAGAUAUGAAUAAGCAGCUUUGCCACCACCUUGUAUCUUCUUUGUUCUGCCCCUGCUCUGCUCUCUUUCUUUCUUCAAUCAUCCUCGGCUCUGGGCCAUGAAAGCUUCAGCCACAAUAAAUCACAAUAAGUCUUGAAGGAGCCACAAGACUCCUUUUUAUUUUUGCUGAAACAGACUAACACAGCUCUCUCUCUCUUUCGCAUCUGCAUUUUCUGCUUAUAGAUUUUAAUACAGAAUUCGUUAUUUAAAAAAAAAAACUUGCCAUACUUCUCUCUCUUUUGUCCCAUUGCAAAGCUGUUUUAAGAUGCUCAUAAAGAAUUUUACCCUAAGAAGACACUGCAAAACUCAUCUGCCCUGAUACCACCCCCAAUUAAAAAAAAACCUUCAAUGAAACAUUGGAGAUUUGAUUCUGGAAAAGAUUCACACUUCAGUCUAACCUGAGAAUUCUGUGGUAUUUGCCUUAGAAUGGACUUGCAUAGAUAUACUGUUUGUCUGGAAAGCUUUCUAAUCUGUUUAAAUAUAUGGUACUACUUAACAUUCUUUUGUGAAAUGAUCAUUGCAUUUAUCAGUCAUAAAGUGGUUUUCAGUAAAUCCCUGGCCUUUUUUUCACAUCAUGAAGACACUUCAGUAAACUGGUGUUAAAUAGCACCGUUCAUCUUGCAUUGCUUUGUUAACUGACUUCUACAUUACAUAGUUCAUUGUUUCUUUAUAAGUGCUCAGUGGUUCAAAUCAGAGAGACCCAUGUCCAAAAUGUUUCUUUGUGUGCAGGGAAAACUGAUUUUCCUCUGACUGUAGCCCUUCAAACAACACUAAAUACCACUUCAGAAGUUUUCCUCAUCCAUCACAGGGCACAGGAGGCUGAAGUAGGGGAGGAGAACAUGACACAACGCAUGUGCAGGAUGCCACACACAACCCUUGGAUCCGGGCCCCUUGUUCUCCUUUCUUGGAAGUGUUAAAGAGUGUGCAGUUAUUCUAAUUCAUCUUUGCAAAUCAUCCAUUUGUAGAGUUCUCAAUGUUGGAAAUUCUAUCGUUUUUUAAAACGCAGUUGUAUAGGGAAGUAUGCGAUAAGAAUGAGAAAAACCUCCCAAUUUGUGAGUGUUUGCAGAAUCCACUGGUGAAUAAAAUAAAAUGGUGAACAUGUUGC